AAAACCCUAGAGGAAGUAGCAAUUCCGCAGAGGAACACUCCUUCGCCAAACCAGAAAAUGGCCGCCGCCGCCCGUCCCCUCGUCUCCGUCCAAGCCCUACCUUCAAUGAACGAUAUGGCCGCUGAUUCUCCGGCCACCGUUCCUCUACCCGACGUCAUGAGGGCCUCUAUCAGACCCGACGUCGUGAACUUUGUUCACUCUAACAUGUCGAAGAACAGCCGGCAACCCUACGCCGUCUCCAAGAAGGCUGGCCACCAGACCUCCGCCGAGUCCUGGGGUACCGGCCGUGCUGUCUCUCGUAUCCCCCGUGUUCCCGGUGGAGGAACUCACCGCGCCGGUCAGGGAGCCUUCGGAAACAUGUGUCGAGGCGGUCGCAUGUUCGCUCCUACCAAGAUCUGGCGCCGCUGGCACCGGAGGAUCAACGUCAACCAGAAGAGGUACGCCGUCGUUUCCGCCAUCGCCGCCUCGGCAAUCCCUUCUCUGGUGAUGGCUCGCGGCCACCGGAUCGACACUGUCCCCGAGCUGCCCCUGGUGAUUAACGACUCUGCCGAGGGGGUCGAGAAGACAUCCACCGCCAUCAAGCUGCUGAAGGAGAUCGGAGCUUAUGCUGAUGCUGAGAAGGCGAAGGACAGCGUGGGGAUUCGUCCUGGAAAAGGUAAGAUGAGGAACAGGAGGUAUAUUUCUCGCAAGGGACCUUUGGUUGUGUAUGGAACUGAAGGCGCUAAGCUGGUGAAGGCCUUCCGCAACAUUCCUGGAGUGGAAGUGGCCAAUGUGGAUCGUCUGAAUCUUUUGAAGCUUGCCCCUGGUGGCCACUUGGGUCGAUUUGUCAUCUGGACUAAGUCGGCUUUUGAGAAGCUUGACUCCAUCUAUGGCUCCUUCGACAAGGCUGCUGAGAAGAAGAAGGGUUAUGUGCUGCCUAGGGCUAAGAUGGUGAAUGCUGAUUUGGCUAGGAUUAUCAACUCUGAUGAGGUUCAGUCUGUGGUGAAGCCCAUCAAGAAGGAAGUUAAGAGAGCACCAUUGAAGAAGAAUCCUCUGAAGAACUUAAAUGUGAUGCUCAAGUUGAACCCAUAUGCCAAGACCGCUAGGAGGAUGUCCUUGUUGGCCGAGGCCCAGCGCGUGAAGGCCAAGAAGGAGAAGCUCGACAAGAAGAGGACUCCCAUUAGCAAGGAGGAGGCGUCUGCUAUCAAGGCUGCUGGGAAGGCCUGGUACCAAACGAUGAUUUCUGAGAGUGAUUACACCGAGUUCGAGAUCUUCUCCAAAUGGCUCGGUGUGUCCCAGUAAAUUUGGGGUAGUUUGUUUGUUUGUUUGAGUUGUGCUUUAUCCGUUGUCUACCAGUUUUGUUUAUUUGAUGGAUCAUGGAUGUUAGGGAUUUUGAUUUUGGUGGACGUGAAUGGCAAAGUUGUUCCUUAUUGCGGAUUAUUACUAUUAUUAUAUACGUUACUAGCCUAUAGCCCGGCUCGUUGGCCGCAUUUGUUUAAGGAAAUGGAGUUAUAAUAUCUAUAAUGAUAGUGUCGAGAAAUGAGUCUUGUUUUAUAUUAUCAUAAGAUUGUUGCAAUUUUGCAAUUCGUUGAAGACGAACAUGUAAUAUGAAUGAACAUUCAUAAUAAGUUAAAAAUACAUUUGAAGAUUAGCUAAUCACAAUAAAAAUACUUACAUGAAAUUUUACUAAUCACAAAUCUAAUCUAGUUGAGUAUUACGACAAAUAACAUGCAAGUCCAAAAUAAGAAAACUCAAUACAUUGUCUCAUUGUUCAUGACAUGGUACUCAAUUCAACAAAGGCAAAAAUAAUUUCACCAACACAAGUUCACAAUAACCAAAUGCAUCGUUCCAGGGACCGACUGUGACCAUGACUUCAAAUGUCUGUUCUCCAAGCAUGUUCAGAAGGGCCAUAUAGUCAGCAUUGACAACAUCUGCAUGACUGAAUACAGAUUCAACAAUCGUUCGUAACUGUGAUGACGGGAAGACGAUGUCAACACCAAUGAAUUCGUCCUCAAUUGUGAGGUGGACGAAAUGGAUUCUGAUCCAGGGGAGCAGGACGUCGUCAAAUUCGUUACACGUCCGGAUAACAAAAAAGAGGUGCCCUGAUGUAAACACAGAAACGAAUAUUGUCAAAGCAAAUCGAUAAAAUGCAGCAUGCCACAAAAGGCGUACGAUUAAAAAGAAAUUUAUUUGUUUAGUUACCUGAUUUUCGACAUCCACUUGCAACAUAAUGAGAUCGAUGGUGUCGGCACGCUCACAAAUUUCAAGAGCAUCAUCAUAUUGCAGAUUAGCAAUAAAACCAUGGGGAAGCCUAUAUAUUGGACUGUAAGUUUUGGCAUUAAGUAGUGAAAAAGAAUCGAAAUUACAUGAUGUAGUAUUUGUUGGAUGCAUGAGCAGUACUUACUGAUUGAAUUGAGGCAGGCCCGCCAUAUUGAAUGCAAUUCGCACGGUCAAUGGAACCGAAGUGUUUUGAAUGGGAAGUAGUAAACGGAAAUUGUAACAUGAGAGAAAGUGGUAUCUCCAUUAUAUAAAGGACAGAAAGUGAUUCUACACACGUGAUUUACUUGGCCGCAUGCAGUGGAGUACGUGUGUGUGUGGAAAGUGGGAUAGUGGGGGAGUGGAGAAGGAUUUGUGGCCUCGUGGGGGAGUGGAGAAGGUUGGCCAUUUAGAGUUCAAGAGGCGGGUGUGUCAAGGAACUCAAGACCCACCUUUUUUUUUUUAGGGGAACGACCCACCUUCUUAAAAUCAAACAUGCGCCUUCCUUUUAUUUUGUUGCAAUUAAAAAUUCAAAAACAAAAGAAGGUAAGUACAGAAUAAAAUAUAAAGAGAAGAAAAAUCAGUUCACUUUUCCCAAAAAAGACCUAGCAGCCGC